AUGAUUGCUUCUUCGUCCAGGUCUAGAUCUCUCGUACCCUCUGCGAUGGCCUUUGCUAUUCCCUUGCCUCAAGGUUUCCAUCCAUUGCAUAGAAAUCAAUGCCGGCUCUUUCUUUGUCGCCAAUCUCCCUCUAUCGCUUCGAUUCCGUCUUAUCGACCACGUCAAUCUGCUGUCUCUGCUCAAGAAAAUGGCUCCUCCCAGACGUCAUCUGAAAAAACCGCCCCGGAAGGAAUCACCGCAUCAUCCGAAAACCACAUGGAAUCCUCCCUUGCCCCCGCAGUAUCAAUGCCCAAGCUCUACGACGCCUGGUUCGAGCCCGACCACGAGCUAGCCUCGCAAGCAUGCUGCGCUGUCGACAGGGCAUAUAGCUCCGGUGUGCGCAAAAUGGAACUGCAGUGGCCUACCGUCCCCAACUUGGAGGAGAUUGAAGCCGGCACCAAACUCAAUUUCGAGUUCGGCAAACAGGUAUCCCGCAACCUGGGUAUGGCUACCCAGUCAGAUUAUCCCCUCAUCAAGCGCUACUUGGCACAGUUUUGUAACUUGUACUGGGCAAAACGAAUUGCUUCGUGCGAAUCGUUCCGGGACAGAACCGUGUGGGCACUCAGUUGCGAUGACGUUAGCAAGAACCGCGCGGAAGGAUAUUUGGAGAAUGUGAGACCGGGGUCUGUUAGAAAUCCGCCGAAGAAGGGCGAAAUCGGGAAGGAUGAUGUGGUUAUGAUCUUGGACCCCAGGGACACCAGUGCGUGGGUGAAGGGCGCAAAACUGCUGCCGCAGGGUGGAGAAGGAGUCGUGGUGUUUUUGAAUUCUCAGUUCAAUGAGACGUAUGGCCUCACCGGGCCCAGAAACGGUGUGUUGAAGGGCACUGAGCCCGUAUACUUUUUGAAGAGAGUCACCAGAGGUUACGUUUUCAGAAGUUUUCCCGAGCCUUGGCUUGCCUACCUGGAAAAGCCAGACAUGAGCGUUGAAGUUGUUGGGGAGUUUGAAAAACUUCCAAAACUUUCAGAAAUUGCAAAAGUUGUUAGAGAAGUCAGCAACAACCGCUACGGUGGAUUUUACAAUGAUCGGUAUGUCAGGGGGUUUGGUGGAAGGCUGUAACAAUGCGAAGGCCUGCCCAUAUGUCUGAAGACGGGUAUGAUGAAGACAUACGAGGGCGAACACCUACUAGAAAUGAGCUUUGAUACUACCUGAUUACGUUUAAUAUACAUACCUUAUUACCUUUA